UUAGUCCUUUUGAGAAUGCAGAAGUCUUCUUUAUUAGAAACAUUAGCAAAAAAUAAACUUAAAGAACACUUGGAAGAUCAUGCUUGGUGGUUACAUUUUGUAACAAGUUUACAAGAUUAUGGUGGGCGAACUAAAUUCUAGUGGGAGAAAAGGGGGAGGGAGAUUUGGUUGAAUGAAAGAGGCAUUCCAUUUGUACAGUGGCAGAUUUAUGAGUAAAAGAGGGAAGUGGAGAUCAUUGGAAGGUGCAAUUUAGAAGAUUCUUUCAAAAUUAGGAAAUAGAGGUGGGGACUUCAUCAAUGGAUCUUAUUUGUUCUGUGAGAGUGCAAGAAGCAAGAGAGGAUGAUUUACUAUGGGAGGAGAAUAGGAGGAGAAGAUUCAGUGUAAAGUUGUACUACAUUUUCUUAUGUGCUAAGACUAAAGUGGUGUUCCUAGCAAAAGAACUUUGGGGUCUUGAGUUCCUUUGAGAAAAUGUUUUUUUCCUUAGGAAGUAGCAUGUGAAAGAUUUUAACUAUUGAUUUUCUAACGAAGAGAGGGUGGAGGAUGGUUAAUAGAUGUAGUCUUUGUAAAGAUAGUGAAGAAUUAGUUGAUUACAUCUUGAUACAUUAUGAUAGGAAAAAAGGGUUAUGGAUGUUUCUAUUAGCAGUCUUUGCUUUGAAAUAGGCGUUUCCAACUUCAAUUUGAAAUUUCCUGCUUAGUUGAUAGUUUAAGGGGUUUGAUAAGAGAAGGAAGGUUUGAUGCAUGACACCCUAAUUGUGGAAAGAGCCUAAUUGAACGAUUUUCAAUAAAGAACUUUUAGAUCAAAUAGUGAAGGAGAACUUCAUUAAAUCCCUAUUGGAAUGUUCCCACAUUUUGCUAGAAACGAAGAAUUGCAUAAUGUUGGAUUUCUUAGAUAGCAGUAAUUGCAGAUAGAUUUUGUUUUUCUUUUUUCUUUUUAUGAAUAUUGCUUAUGUAUAUGCUUUUUGGUGGGCUCCUUUUGAAGGUUUUGCAUACCAUCUAUUUGUAGAAGUGACAAUUCAUAUUAGUGGGUCAUGUUCGUGUUGUAUCAAAGCCUAGACAUUCUACUACAUAGUUCAAACCCAAACUCAACUCGGAUAAUAAUUAUAUUAAAAACAUAAACCUAAAUAUUACCUAAUUAUUAAAUCGGCAAUACAUCAUGUAACACAUUUAAUAAUUAGAUGCUCCUAUUUAAUAAUUAGAUUAUUAGGUUGAGUUAGGUCUUGUAUAAUUCUAUAUAAUUGAUGUUUCAACCAAACAUGUUUAUGACUCAAUUGCCCUAUUUAUUUAAAAACAAAUUUACAAUGAGUCAAAUAUGAGUUAAAUAGUUUAAAGUUAUAAUUAGGUUAAUCAAUAGGAUUAUUAAAUUAGUCAAUUUGAGUCAAAUUCGUGUUAUGCAAGUUCACCCAAAAACUACCUAUUUAUUAAAACAGUCAUGUAGGUUGACACGAAUUUUUCCUGAACUCUGAUUAUACUCGACUUAAACCUGAGAAAAACAUUUUAGGUUUGAGUUGUAUUGGUAAAUUGUAUCAAACUUUGCUACCCCACCUACCUAUAUACCCCCUCCAUUCGGUGCUCUUUAAUGAAUGUUUUGUUUAUCUUUCAAAAGAAAAAGAAAAAAAAAGUUUGCAAGAUUCUAAUGAAAAGCUCUAUGUUUUGCAUUAUCAAUUCGCUUGUGUAGGUCAAUAAUGAAAGAAAGGGUGGAAGACAUCACUCAUGAUUUCAAUUGAUUACGGAAAGUCACUAAAACUUGGGGUUGAGUUUUUUUCCAAGUUAAGGGGAGUUGAUGUGAUGAAUCUCCAAGAUCUACUUAAAAAAGAAAUAAAAGAAAGUAAAGAAAACCUAAAUUACUCUAUCAAGGAUAUUUAAGUGAUUAUGUUGUUUUUUUGGGUUCUAUAGAGUGAUAAUUAGUUAAUAAUUUUUUUUGAGUUGCAUUUAGAAUUUGGGAAAUUUUUUAUUAGAAAAUCCUCCUUAAAAAAAGUUUUUAUAUUUCCAAAGUUUUCUAUUCUUUAAAAUAUAUAUUUUUCUAAAGUUCUUAUUUGAGCCUUUUUUUAGAAUUCAGAAGUCUUUAUCACAAACUUUAAUGACAAGAAGUUUCUAUAAAGUUAAAAGUUCUAAUUUUAAAAAGAAAGUUUUUAUUUUCUUUUAAUUAUUAUUUUUGAAUGAUUUAAUCUUUUGGGAAAGGGAUAAGAGUCCUAAUAAGUUAUUGUAUGCUUUUUUAUGAUUUUUAGAGUUUUCUAAAGCACAUAAAUAAGGUUAAAUGCUAAAAAAGGGGGACAAUUUUUUAUGAUGUUUAUAUUUUUUUUUAGGUGAUACUCCUAGAAUGGCUUAAUGAAAUUUUAAAGAUUUUUUUUAUCUUUUUUCUUCUAUCUUUCAUUUAAUUUUUUCCUUUUUUUGGUUCCUCUCUUUAAAUCUUAAAAAAUUGAAGCCCUAGCCCAUCUUAAAUGAUUGUAGAUAACCUUCUUAAGCUUGUCCUACAUAAAAGGACCUGCAAGUUUAUUUAUCCCUAGAUGAGUUCAUGUAAAACAGGUACAUAUAUAUUGUUGAGUGAGAGAGAAAAAAUAGUUUAAAAAAGAGUACAAAACAUAUAUAUAGACUGCUGAGUAGUAAUAUAAGGUUAUUGAACCACAGAAGGAUUCGAGAUAAUAUGUGAGCCAUAGAGUGUAAAAAGGUGGGGCCCAUCCUUAUCCAGAAAACCACCAGUAUCUUGAGUUCUGACGUGGCCUUAUCCAAUUCCAAUUGUAGUAUCUCGAGUUCUGACAUGGCCUUAUCCAAUUCCAAGUGUAGCAGCUAGCAAAUCUGUAGACAAUAGAUGGAUACAAAACCUGAAUCCAAGUGAAUUUUAAAACCAGCUAAACCAAACCCCUCGCAUAUUCCUCGUUGUUUUUCUACAGAUCUGAGCAUUUUGAAGGCCAGAAAACAUAUCAAUGGUGUCACUAGCUCCACUGCAUACUCUCUUUCCCGGGAAUUCAUUGAAGCAAUCAUCUCUUCCCGGCUUUUAUGCUCGUCCAACACCUGUUGGUUCAGCAGUUUCAUGGAAGAAGAAAAACAGAUCUUUAACUGUGGUCGCUGCUGUUGGAGAGGUAUCAACUGAUGGUACAAUCUAUUUGAUUGCAGGGGCUGUUGCGGUGACAGUGCUCGGAACUGCCUUCCCAAUUUUCUUCUCCCGCAAGGACGUGUGUCCCGAGUGUGAUGGUGCGGGCUUCGUGCGACAAUCAGGGGUGGCCCUGAGGGCGAAUGCAGCAAGGAAGGACCAGGCACAGAUUGUGUGUGCUCGUUGCAAUGGCCUUGGCAAGCUCAACCAAGUUGACAAAUAGACUUUUGUGCUCCCAUCUUUCUUGAAAUGUGAAAAACCCUCCUUCCCCAGAUACUUCCUCAUCAAAUUUACAUGUAAAAUGUACUAGUUGUAUAAACUCUUAUUUUACUUCCCCGUCACCUUUGUAUCACCUUUGAAUAAUUUAAAAUACUAUUCUCAGCAAAA